GAAAUACCCGAAGCACUCCACGAGCGAUAAGCUAUCGCCUAUCGCACUCUAUCACUGAGCACGGAUCACUUGCUUCCCCCUCUCAGUUCUGCACUUCGGCUUCUGCAAACUGGAUAGGAAGGGAGCUCGGUCUCGGCCUAUGUCGACGGCGUGACCCCAUCUCGCGGCGACGACAAUUCGCUUCGUUUCGGGCAGCCACGCCCUCGACCAGCCAGAGCCGCCGCCCCAGCGCUCUCUUCAUUUAGAGUUUUCUUGGUACCAAAAGAUCAAUUCAUUGCUUGAGGAUGAAGAUGAUUAAUGCCCGCCCAUGAUAUCUCACAGGGCUCUCUUCCCAAACCCGAAUGGCUGUUCCAAUCGCAGUUACAAAGCCUGCUCCGCUUGCACGUGCAAUUCUUGUGAAAGACCCGAGUUCCACAUCCUCUUUCCGAUGCCCCUCGGUCUACUUGUGCCAUUGCAAUCCCAAAAGAAAGGAACUUCCAUUCCCCCCUAAUGCCCUUCGCCGUAAGAUUGAUCCAAACUGGCGAGGAGGGUUCUCCCUCGGUAUAGAUUUGGGAUUGUCUCGCACUGGUGUUGCUCUUAGCAAAGGCUUUUGUUUUCGCCCUCUGAUGGUUUUGGAGCUGCGAGGACAGAAGCUUGAGUUGCGGCUUCUGGACAUUGCAGAAAAGGAGGAGGCGGACGAAUUCAUCAUUGGGCUUCCUUUAUCGUCUGAUAGAAAAGAGACUGUUCAGUCUAAUAAAGUUCGCAGCGUUGCUGGAAGACUCGCGGCUCGAGCUGCGGAGAGGGGUUGGAGAGUAUAUCUGCAGGAUGAGCAUGGGACAUCAGCUGAAGCCACUUGCCAUAUGAUCAACAUAGGUGUCCAGCAGUCCGCUCGGCAAAAAAAAGCUGAUGCCUAUGCCGCGAUGAUGGUCCUAGAGAGAUAUUACUCUUUGUCAGGAGAGGAAGCUGAAUUAGUUUUGCCCAAGAGUUUAGAUUUGCGAGAGAAAUUACGGAGGGCUCCAUCCGAGGACAGCGACUUCUCUGAAUGAGUCACUGAUUGGCUAUUACAGUAACACCGACACCAAAUGCUAUGCCUUUCGAAGCAACGACAUCCAUAAUCAUGGAUUAUUUAAAAGCUAGGAAAUCAGCAGUAUCAGGGAAGUUUGUUGAUGUGCCUUUGUCCCGUUUCCAACAGAAACGAAACUAUAUAUUCUGGACUAGUUUCUUUGGAACUUACGAUGUACUUUUUCAAAGAUGGUCUCGAGUUGCCUUUAUCUGCGGCCUGGGAUAGUACCCUUUUCCAUUGAAGGGCCAAGCUGGGAAGACUUGAAGUUUAUAGGGUUGCUGAACUAAUGCCACAAUUGUAUGAUUGAAGCAAUUCAAGCUUUAAUCAGUUAUGGGGUUGUGAAAUAAUUUUUUGGUUUCAGAUACAGAAGAGUCUUCAUGUAGCGAGAAAUUCGAGUGAGAAAUUCAUUGCACAUCUCAAUCUCUUC